UGUGAUUGGUUAUUUAUCACAAAGUGGACCUGAAUACUUGUACAAUGUCAUGGCUUUAUGGAAAUUAGGAUUUAUAAUCUUAUUCCUUAGCCCUCGAAAUUCCAAUUCUAAUUUGGUUCGUUUACUUCAAGAGGCCAAAUCGCAUAUUCUAAUCUACGACCCUCAAUUUUUAAAAAUUUCUAAAGAUGUGCAAAAUGAAAUAAACUAUCAAUAUUCAGAAAAUUCUGGUUCAACUUCAUUUCCUAAAUUGGUUCCUGUCUCUAGUCGUUAUUUUUUAAUUAUGAGUUCAAUAGAUAAAUCUGACGAUAUUAUCUUAUCAAUACCUCCAUUAUUUCAUAUUUUUGGAUCUAUUAUCGCAUUAAGAACUAUUUUACAUCCUGGUUCAGUAUAUGUAUUUCCAAUUGUUUCAGGGCCAAUUCCUUUAGUGAAUGAAGUUUUAAAUAGUUUAAACCAAUCUAAAGCAAGUAUUUUAUACACUCUACCUUCUAUACUUGAGCAAAUUCAUAAAAAUUAUCAGGACGAAAUUAAAACUUUAUCGAAUUUGAGGUCUGUUUAUUAUGGUGGAGCAGCAUUAUUACCUAACGUAGGUGAACAACUUAUUCAAUUUGGCGUCAAAAUUCAAAACACUUAUGGUUCAUCAGAAAUAGGAACUGCUAUGAAUUCACUCAAAGAUUCUUCUUCAUCUAAUAUUUCAAAUAUUCCAUGGAACGCAAUGAGAUUUUUAAUUCCUGAAAGUGAUAUGAGAUUGAUAGAAAGGAAUGAUAUUCUUGAUGGAGCAAAAGAAUUAAUUAUAAAAAAAGGAACUUCGACUCUCGCAAAUAUUAAUGGGAAUACAGAGAAUGGUGAUUAUAGAGUAGGUGAUCUUUUCAUUGAAACACCAAAAGGUUCCGGCUAUUAUCUUUUACUUGGACGAGUUGAUGAUACUAUUGUUCAUACUACUGGAGAAAAAACAAAUCCAGUACCGAUAGAAAAUACAAUUCUCCUUAAUCAAUUUAUUAAACACGUAGUUGUCAUUGGACAUAAUAGACCGUUAAAUUGUCUUUUGAUAGAGCUAGAUUUUGAAAGUAUUAGGAAGACACCUUUUUUCGAAAUAACUAAAAGUAUUUUUGAUUCAAUUCACCAUGCUAAUAAUGAUUGUCCAUCACAUUCGCGAAUCUUUGAUGAAAUGGUUUAUAUCUUACCUUUUGAAGGAAAAUUAUUAUCUCGAACAUUAAAGAAUAAUAUUCAAC